AUGUCUGAAGAAGCGACGAUUAAAAUUGAGCCGAUGGAAUAUCCACAAGUAAAACUAGAAAUUGAUGAUUGUGUUCAAGUGAAACAAGAAAUUGAUGAUUGUUAUAAUAUUUAUCCAGAAGAUGAUGAAGUAUUUGUGAAAUCUGAGAUCACAAUCCAGGAAGAAAUAAAAGAACAAACCAUUAAGAAGCAAGAUGCUCUAUCCAAUGCAAACAUAUGUAAAGAAGAAAACAGUAUGUUAAGUAAUUUAGAUGAUAAUACAUUUAAAUGCAACGAAAGAGUUUUAAGUAAAAGUAAACAUAACUUGAAAACACAUAAAUGUAAAAUAUGCAAGAAAUCAUACACAACAAAACAAAACUUACAACGCCAUAAAAUGAUUCAUACCACACAUCCUUAUAAAUGUGAAAUAUGCAAUAAAAGUUUUAUACAGCAAGUUACUUUAAAACAGCAUUCAUUAGUGCACAAGAAACGCCCAAUUAAUUGUAAAUUAUGCAAUAAAACAUUUGCAACUAAUCAAAGCUUAAACCAGCAUUUAAAGAUUCACACUGGAGAACGCCAUCACAAAUGUAAAAUAUGCAAGAAAAGAUUUACAGAUGCAAGUACUUUAAAAAGGCAUUUAGUGGUGCACAGUGAACAUCGACCUUACGAAUGUAAAACAUGUAAUAAAACAUUUAAAGAGAAACAAACAUUAAACAGGCAUAAAACAACACAUACCGGAGGACAUGAAUAUGUAUGCAAAAUAUGCAAUAAGAAGUAUACUCGAGCAUACCAGGUGAAAGUGCAUUUAACUAAACACACCGGAGAACAUGCUCAUAAAUGUGAAAUAUGCAAUGAAGUGUUCACUACAAAACGAUCAUUAGUGCAACACAAAAUGACUCAUUCUCAAAAUUCAUUUGAAUAG